AGUCUCCUCGGCCCACGGUACACGGUACACGGAAGCACAACGAAUGUGUGUGGCUGUCACUUCGUAUAAUCCAUAGGAGUGGGUUUUGGAAUAUCUUGUGUUAACCCUUGCCUGGGUAUGUUGUGUGGUAACCCCGGGAAGACGGUAUUCCUCUGUCAGGUCACUUUCGCUGAUAACUCGUCUGUGGACGGAUUCAACGGAUAAGAACUUCGUCGACGGUUAUUUUGAAGUAACGGCCUUUUCUUUACGUUUCACCAUGGAUUACAAGCAUCUCUCUCCCAUCAUUUAUUCCGUAGAUUACUGAAUUUUCCUACUUUACCAUUUAAAGACUCUAAGCUUUGUUCCCUCAGACUCGAUAGUCUGGGAAAUACAUUUACACACAUAUACACUUAACACUGUUAACUUUCCUUUAUUUCGUUGUUACUAUAUUAUAAAUAGAUACUAAUAAAGAGAGUGAUUUUAACAUCAAAACCAGACUCCAGUGUGAACUCUAUUGCUGCUGGUUCGUUUCUAAAACGUUGCAGCUCGUAACACAGUUUUAUAAAACUAGUUAGACCACAUCUGGAGUGUUUCAUACAGUUCUGGUCGCCCCCAUUCUCGAAAGGAUGUCGGGGCUUUGGACAGGGCACAGAAGAGGUUUACCAGGACACUGCCUGGAUUAGAGGGCAUGAGCUAUAACGAGAGGCUGGACAAACUUGUGUUGUUUUCUCCAGAGCGGCGCGGGCUGGGGUGAGACUGGAUGGACGUUUAUAAGAUUACGAGAGGAAUAGAUUGAGUGGACAGACGAUAUAUUUUCCUGGGGGUUGAAAUGUCUAAUACAUUUAAGGUGAGAGGAGAUGUGAGCGGCAAGUUUGCUUCUUUCCACUGACUAAUGAGUAGCUGGAGUCUCUGCCUUGGGGGGAGGGGGGAGGUGUCACCAAUCCUGACGAGUAAUCCCAUUUGCCCCUCCCAUUUAACCGCAGCAUCUGCGUGGCCCCGCCUCCCGAUGAUGUAACAAUCUCUUCGCGCAUGUUCACAGUCUCCGGGUGGACGGUGUUAUCCUCUCCGCUCAGAGCUGAAGUGGGUCGGCCGUGUGUUCGGGAAAGACUUUCGUCUCUUCCGUCGGGAUCACUGUCUGCGGGCCGAAGAUAUCACUUCAAUACUUCGGUAUUGAGACCGAUCCCGAGCGGGGAGAUCUGAUGUUGGCCGUGAGCCCGGAACUGAGGGCCAGUUAAUCAUCUAUUUUCCAGCUAUCUGGGCUCGUCAGAAAUGUGUCGACUUAACUUAAUCUGCAUUGAACGAUCCAAACCAGGAGCCCAGGCUGUCUGUUUCAGCAGAAUUGAAAUGGAAGACUCGCAGACAGGUCACUUGUGUCUUGUGCCGCAGAUUCGCCCCGCCUCCGCUUUGUGACGCCAGAUCACGUGGUUGAUUUUGGCCACUGACUGUGUUCAGUUAAAACUGCGGUGAGAGAUUUAUUGGAAGAAAACGCAUGACUGAAGACGAGGGAACAGCAACAUGUGAACCAGCCCGAGGAUUGAGAGCACUGACUGGAGAGGACCCAUAUGACUCGGAGAUUCCAGUGAUUCAGUCAGGAGAAAGUUUGGUUGCUGGAGAAUUUGCAAGUGGGAAGAAGUGGAAUGAUAUUUGGAAAUCUGACUUGUUAAAGCAUAACUUAGCAAGCAAACAACAUAUGGACAAUAUGCAAAAACUUUGGUUAAAAACGGGAAGGAAUAUGUCUCCAGGAACCUCAAACACGGCACAACAAUUUAUUUGUCUCUGUCUAGAUAUUUAAGAAGUGGAGCAAGGGAUUCAAUCGACCAUCCUUCCUGCUCAGACUGUGGGGAGUGAUUCUCUUGGUCAUCUGACCAACUAGCAAGCCGGGCAUUUUACACAGGAGAGAGGCCGUUCACCCGCACAGACAGUGGGAAUGGAUUCACUCGGUCAUUUCAACUGAAGGUACAUCAGCAAUUUCACACUGGGCAAGGCCAUUCAUCUGUUCUGUGUGUGAGAAAGGAUUCUAUCGGGCAUCCCACCUGUGGACACACCAGUCAGAUGACACUGGGCAGAGCUGGUCAUCUGCUGAAUUUCGGGGAAGGGAUUCUUUCGGUCAUCUGACCUAAUGGCACACCAGCGUGUUCAAACCAGGGGGCAGGCAUUCACCUGCUCAGUCUGUGGGAAGGGAUUCACUGCAUCAUCCAACCUACAGAGACAUCAGCGAGUUCACACUGGGGAGAAGCCAUUCACCUGCUCAGUCUGUGGGAAGGGAUUCACUCAGUCAUCCCACCUACAGAGUCAUCAGCGAGUUCACACUGGGGAGAAGCCGUUCACCUGCUCAGUCUGUGGGAAGGGAUUCUCUCAGUCAUCCAACCUACAGAAUCAUCAGCGAGUUCACACUGGGGAGAAGCCGUUCACCUGUUCAGAAUGUGGGAUAGGAUUCACUCAGUCAUCCCAACUACUGGCACAUCAGUCAGUUCAUAAUGGUGAGUGGCCAUUCACCUGCUCAGUCUGUGGGAAGGGAAUCACUCAGUCAUCCAACCUACAGAGUCAUCAGCGAGUUCACACUGGGGAGAGGCCGUUCACCUGCUCAGUCUGUGGGAAGGGAUUCACUCAGUCAUCCCAACUACAGAAUCAUCAGCGAGUUCACACUGGGGAGUGGCCGUUCACCUGCUCAGAAUGUGGGAAAAGAUUCACUCAGUCAUCCACCCUACAUAGUCAUCAGCGUGUUCACACUGGGGAGAGGCCAUUCACUUGCUCAGUCUGUGGGAAGGGAUUCUCUCACUCAUCCACCCUACAGAGACACCAGCGAGUUCACACUGGGGAGAGGCCAUUCUCCUGCUCAGUCUGUGGGAAGGGAUUCACUCAGUCAUCCAUCCUACGGAGUCAUCAGCGAGUUCACACUGGGGAGAAGCCGUUCACCUGCUCAGUCUGUAUGAAGGGAUUCACUCAGUUAUCCAGCCUACAGAGUCAUCAGCGAGUUCACACUGGGGAGAAGCCAUUCACCUGCUCAGUCUGUGGGAAGGGAUUCACUCGGUCAUCCAUCCUACAGAGUCAUCAGCGAGUUCACACUGGGGAGAAGCCGUUCACCUGCUCAGUCUGUAUGAAGGGAUUCACUCAGUUAUCCAGCCUACAGAGUCAUCAGCGAGUUCACACUGGGGAGAAGCCAUUCACCUGCUCAGACUGUGGGAAGAGUUUCACUCGGUCAUCCCAACUACUGGCACACCAGUCAGUUCAUACUGGGGAGAAGCCAUACACCUGCUCAGUCUGUGGGAAGGGAUUCUCUGAGUCAUCCAGAUUACAGAGUCAUCAACGAGUUCAUACUGGGGAGAAGCCAUUCACCUGCUCAGACUGUGGGAAGGGAUUCACUCAGUCAUCCAAUCUACAGAAUCACCAGCGAGUUCACACUGGGGAGACGCCGUUCACCUGCUCAGUCUGUGGGAAGGGAUUCACUCGGUCAUCCCACCUACAGAAUCAUCAGCGAGUUCACACUGGGGAGAAGCCAUUCAUCUGCUCAGAAUGCGGGAAGGGAUUCACUCAGUCAUCCACCCUACUGAGUCACCAGCGAGUUCACACUGGGGAGAAGCCAUUCACCUGCACAGUAUGUGGGAAGGGAUUCACUCGUUCAUCCACCCUACAGAGUCAUCAGCGAGUUCACAUUGGGGAGAAGCUGUUCACCUGCUCAGUCUGUGGGAAGGGAUUCACUCAGUUAUCCAGCGUACAGAGUCAUCAGCGAUUUCACACUAGGGAGAAGCCGUUCACCUGCUCAGACUGCGGGAAAGGAUUCACUCAGUCAUCACAACUACUGGCACACCAGUCAGUUCACAGUGGGGACUGGUCGUUGUUAUGAAUCCCUGGGUUUCGUUUGCUGUGGACUGUCAUUUUAAGAGAGAGAGACAGGCAUUAGGAUGCCGACUCAGUCUGACUUGCAGCUUGUUUUCAUUGCUCGCAGCUUGUUUAAUUUUAACCGAGGACACAGACACUCAGAGUCAGACGGAGACAAAGGAGGAAAAAUGGAAGGAUCGAAACCAGGGAACUAGUGGCCAAGGGUCACUGUUUGGAACUUUCCUAUGCCCACAAGGAUGGGUUAAUUAUUGAUUCACCGUACAUCGAAUGUGUCAUUGUCACCUCAUUUGAUCCUUAAGAGUGGAUCGGAUUUGGCGCAUCCUGUGGAGACCACUUAUGUGUUAACCCUUGCCUGGCUGUGGUGUGGCAGUUCACGAAGACGAUACCGCUUGUGACAAGUCACUUUCGAUGAUAAUUUGUAUGUGGAUUUGGAACGAUGAUGUACAAAAUCUCCAGCAACUCUUCUCUCGUUUUACCACCGUGGAACCUGUGCAAUUCUACAUAUUUGCCUUCUCUCGCCAUUUACCCUGGAUUAUAAGUCUCUCCCUCUCAUCGCCUAUUCUGUAGUUGAACUGAACUUUAAUGCUUUAUCAUCUCAACACUGUAAGCCUUGUUUCCCCCGAGCUCAAUAGUUUGGGAGUUAUAUUUACACACAUUUAUAAAUGUAACACUAUUAACUUCUGUUUAUCUUGUUUAAGUUGCAAUUUUACAAGAAGAUUCUAAUAAAGACAGAUUUAACA